UCCACGAAUUAUGUUUUGGUACAAUACCUUUAAAAAAAAAUUUGUUUUAAAGCAUUUUGGAUAAAUUCUUGUUGGUUUGUUGUUAAAUAAACAAUUAACAUAUCAACUUUAGUCCACGCCCGGUGGGAGAGAAUGAAUGCUCAGUUUCACACGCCAUCAUUCGGAGACGAGGUACUAAUCGAUUUGUCAGAUAACGAAACGGAUUCCGGAAAUAUUGGAAGCGUUCAAGGCGGUGCAGGAAUUUUCACUGUCUUUAAUAACUUCGCUCAUAAUCACGGCCAGUUUUUUCAGCAUCAGCAAUUCGAGUCGAAAAGAGUACGUGAUAUGGAUGUGUCUGUAGAUGAGUACCAUAGCGCAAAUGAUGAAUCUUUUCCGAAUAACACAAAUGCUGUAUCUCCAACGAAAAGCGCUCAAAAUACACCAACAGCAACACUCGCGGCACGUAAGCAGCUAACGCCAACUGCUACAGAUGCCAAUGAGCCCGCCAAACCGCUAUCGGCUUAUGGACUCUUCUUUCGGGAUACAGUAAGCGCUAUUAAGCAACAAAACCCCAAUUGUACUUUUCAAGAGCUAUCGAGAAUCGUAUUAUCGAUGUGGGAGGCAUUGGAUGUAAGCCAUAAGAAUGUUUAUAGCAAGAAACAUGAAGCGGCGCUGACCGAGUAUAUGAAACAAAUGCGCAUAUAUCGGCAGCAGCAGGAAGAACGGCAGCAGCAACAACAACAACAAUUAGCGGCAAAUGUAAAUGUAAUGCCAUCACCGACUUUUCAAACGAAACCAGCUGUUUUCACAAUUACACGUUUCAGCGCUGACGGCAAUAGUAAUAUAAAUCACAACAAUUUCAAUAGCAACAGCACUAGUGCAACGCAGCCACAGGCGCAAGCGCCAUCAUCAUCAGCCGAUGACAACAACACCAGUGCGAAUGACCCAUCCCAGCCUCAAAUUCAAAUGCUUAGUGAAGCUGGAGCUGUGCAGAAAUGCACGCGAGAAAAUUGUAAUAAACGUGCUAUUAUAAAUCCUGACUGGGAAGAUGAAUAUUGCAGCAAUGAAUGUGUGGUAAUACACUGUCGCAAUGUGUUCAAUGCUUGGGUGCAGUCGAAUAUGGAGUCGCGGAAACAAUAACAGCGGGUCUAUUGGGGAGGCGGUGCAGCUAAAAAGUAAAACUCUCAAUGGCUGCUUAUGAAAAAAAGAAACAGCGGAGGCAAAUAUAAAAUAUGCUUGAGCCCGCUGCGUUAUACCAUUUUUUUAUGUUAAAGAAUGUCUUUUUGGUCAGAACAUACACUAUUUUGCGUUAUUUCAAUGCACCGCCAUGACAAAAUGGCGAACUGUCAACCUAUCAAACUCCAUCAAAACAAACAUCAUUUUACAUAAAGCAGGCAUUUUAUUUAAAUGAGUAAUAUUAAGGAAAGUGAAAAAUUCUGGAUGUUUUCCACUAGAUGUCUUUAGUGAGCCAUAUCUCAUUGAACCAUAUCUCACGAUGUAUGCGUUGCAUCGGGUCGUGCUAAACGUCCAUUUAAAAGAGGCAUGGCUUAAAAGAAAUUUAAGUAUUACGUUCAUUCGUACCCGUACGACCAAUGUAAAAAGCCGGGGUAGGCGAUGAAAAAACUUUGUGGGUACUUAUGGACUCAAUACUGUGCCGAAUGUAAAAGGAAACCGGUGUUUCGAACGCUUAUAGUAAUGUCAAUGAAACUAUGGAAAUCGUCAAAUCGGCGUACGAGCACUGAGUAUUAAUUUUCCCAGGAAUUGAAGAUUAGUCAGACAGGCGUUUGAAACCAUUCAAAUAAGAAGAAUUAUAAGUAUGUUCCUAACCGAAAUAAAACGAAAACAUUUUUACUUCA